AUGAGCUCGGGCGUGAGGCAUGCAUUCAGGCGGACAUUUAAGGACAGACUAAGACCGUCGAAUAUCGUUCUCCGAGCUGCUAAUUCCACGCUCGCUAAGGCCAGCAACGUUCUCAAUGCAGCUCAAAAGAAAUUGGACAAACAAACUAGUGCGAGCGGACUGACCAGGGAGAUGAUAACCAGUGACAGCGAACGGUUAACGAGCAGCAAUAAUAACACUGAGGACAGCAGUGAGUGUUCCAGACCUACGGACCUACUCUCGAAUGCGACAACCUCUACUGCUUCAUCUGGCUUCUCCAGUAAUCUGGAGUACUUGGCAAACGCAAAUCUGCCGAGUACGGGCCCACUUCCGAAACCGGUUUGCCGUCUAGGAGAUCUACAAAUAGAAUGGGAGGGAGGCGACACGGGCUGGCAGCUUAUACCUUUAGAUUCCGCCAUCCCGGAGGCGGAUUUAAACGCUCACAGAGGACCUGACGAUCUGGAUACCCUACGAAGGACCAACGAGCAUCUACGCAGAGAACAGGAACUACUCAAAACGAAGAUGGAGAUUCUGUUAAAUUCAAUAGCCGAGCAAACCGCUCUGGUCAGUAUAUACGAGGAUAAACUGGAGAAACUGCGAGCCAAGGUCAAACAGCAGGGGUAUGCACCGAAGCAGAUACAAUCGUUGGAGGUACUCCGAUCUUCACAGAUGCCACAACCGAUUCCGGCACGUGAUGAGUGGAUAAAAAUCAGUCAGAAGACUGCUUAUGUGAGGCUGAAACCUGGCGGCGAUGCCCGAGUAGCAAAAUCGUCAAACGCAAAUCAAGGUUUGAUGCCGAACGUGGGAGUUGUACCCGGACAGGAAGGGUUGAAACGGUCGCAUUACAGAGAAUCCUCAAUACACAGUCGGACGGAGACAGUGAGUGACCCGGAAGAGACCAUUUCUCUGCAGACAGUCACGACUCCAACAACUGUGACAAGCUCCAGUUCCAGCACUGCAAGCAGCCGACGCAGAGGUCACAAAAAUGGGUUGAAUAUAACAAGUGUUACUAGUGAUGACCAGGAGACAGAAUCCUCGGCCACUAUGACAACAACGAGAACUAAGACGGUGCAGUUCGCUGAUUAG